CAGAAGGCGCUUGGAGUGCUGGUCCAGGGAGGUACUUUGGGAGCGGCGGGCACUGCCACUGCGAUGCCUUCGAAGCUGUCUCUAGUGGCCUUGGCCAUUUUCGUCUCUGUUACCCAAGUUGUGAUAGAGGCCAGCUCGUGGUGGUCAUUAGGCAUGAAUAACCCUGUUCAGAUGUCAGAAGUCUAUAUCAUAGGAGCUCAACCCCUGUGUAGCCAACUGGCAGGACUUUCUCAAGGCCAGAAGAAACUCUGUCAUCUCUAUCAAGACCACAUGCAAUAUAUUGGAGAAGGAGCAAAGACGGGCAUCAAGGAGUGCCAGUACCAAUUCCGACACAGACGCUGGAACUGCAGCACUGUGGAUAACACGUCCGUUUUCGGAAGGGUCAUGCAGAUAGGGAGCCGGGAGACAGCCUUCACUUACGCGGUCAGUGCUGCCGGAGUGGUGAACGCCAUGAGCCGGGCCUGCAGGGAAGGGGAACUGUCCACCUGUGGCUGCAGCCGGGCUGCCCGGCCCAAAGACUUGCCCCGGGACUGGCUCUGGGGAGGUUGCGGGGACAACAUCGAUUACGGGUACCGCUUUGCCAAGGAGUUUGUGGAUGCUCGGGAGAGGGAGAGGAUCCACUCGAAGGGUUCCUACGAGAGUGCCCGCACCCUAAUGAACCUGCACAACAAUGAAGCUGGCAGGAGGCUAGAGACUGACAGCGCUUCCUCCUUUGGAGGGUUUCCUGGAUACCAGCAGCGCUCUUCGGCUGUCCAUCUGUCAUCCUCCUCUGCGGCCGCUCCAUAG